CUGCGCAGUAGGCGUUUUGCUUAGUGGCGGCAGGCAGGCAGUCACUUGUCACUAACCCGCUCGUACGUCCCCCUCCCUCGGCUAAAAUGUCAAAGUUAGACCAGGUCCUUGUCCUCGACCCUCCCUUCGACCUCAGAUUCAAAGGUCCCUUCACAGAUGUCGUCACCACCAACCUCAAACUCAAGAACCCCUCUGAUAAAAGAGUAUGUUUCAAAGUCAAGACCACGGCACCGCGAAGGUACUGCGUACGGCCCAACAGCGGCAUCAUCGAGGCGGGAGCCGCCAUCAACAUCUCUGUUAUGCUGCAGCCCUUUGACUAUGACCCCAACGAGAAAAGUAAACACAAAUUCAUGGUGCAGACCAUUUUCGCUCCAUCCAAUAUGUCUGACAUGGACUCGUUGUGGAAAGAUGCAAAACCUGAUGACCUCAUGGAUUCCAAGUUGAGAUGUGUCUUUGAGCUGCCUUCUGAAAACGAUAAAAUGAAUGAUGUGGAGGUGAGCAAAGCUGCCCCCAUGAGCAACUCAGCCAAGCCUGACCCGUCCGUAGCCUCCACGCCCGCCACCACAUCUGCCGCCGCCUCCUCGAUGGAUGACAUGGAGAUGAAAAAGGUGAUGGACAAGUGCAAGCGGCUGCAGGCAGAGCUGAGCAAGUUGGCGGAGGAGAACCGGCAACUGAAGGAAGACGGCACCAGGAUGAGAAAGAUGGCGCGGUCGGAUCACAUGACACCCAACUCGGCUGGCCUCCUGCGCAGAGAGGCCGGCCCUGCCACCCUGCCCUCCCUUCUCGUGGUCAUAGCCGCCAUCUUCAUGGGAUUCUUCCUAGGGAAGUUCAUCUUGUAGACUGGCAGCUGCUGCGCCCUCAACAGAAGCCUGGAAAAAAACAGCGAGAAGUCUUUGCGUUGACGUUUGCCAUAUCACCGCUAGUGUGGCCUACAGCAAACACACGUGCACCGCAUCAUCGGAAGGCGUCACCUUUUCACUCACGGUUAGCGCACAAGAAAGGAAGGUGACAAAAAAGCAAUUGCUUCCUUUUUUGUUUUUUCUUCUUUUUCCACGGCUGGGUUCUGCAGGUCACGUAACAGGACAUCAGUGUUGUAAACGGUCAUGGAAGUGAAAAAUAACCACAAGCAUUGGAUGCGCUCGCUUCUUGUUUGUAUAGGAAUUGAAUGGAAUGUUAGCUGUCCUGUAAAUUGUUGUUUUAAAGGCUUUUAAACAAGAACUUCCAUCAUCACCUUCACUGGAUCACUUUGUUCCCGUUUGUAAUUUUUACUUCUCUCAGAAUGUUCACGUCCAGUUGGGGAUAAAGGUGCCUCCUCCUUCCUUGUACAUUUAUCUCUACUUUACCCACCAAUGUAGACUUUAUAUUAAUAGUUAUAUACAAAUCUUCUAUUCCCUCAGAUAUUGACUGAAAUGGGUCAUUCUUAAAAUCCUGUCCCAUGAAAUUAAGCAA